AUGUCUACUAAUUUAGCUCAGCAAUUACGUGAGGGAACUACAAAAUCUCAUAGUAUGGCUGAAAAUGUAAGCUUUGUAAAAUCUUUUUUGGGAGGAGUAGUCGAUAAAAAAACUUAUCGUAAAUUGGUAGCCAACUUAUUUUUUGUAUAUAGUGUUCUUGAAGAAGAGAUAGAAAAGAAUAAAAAUCAUACGGCUAUCAAUCCCAUUUAUUUUGUAGAAUUAAAUCGUAAAGAUAGUCUAUGUGAAGACUUACAAUAUUAUUAUGGUUCUAAUUGGUCUCAAUAUAUUGAACCUUCAUUAGCAACACAAAAUUAUAUUAAUAGAAUUCAUGAAAUUGGAAAAAAUCAACCAGAAUUACUAAUAGCUCAUGCAUAUACUCGUUAUAUGGGAGAUUUGUCUGGUGGACAAAUUUUGAAAAAAAUAGCUCAAAAUGCAAUGCAGCUAAAUGGCACAAACGGAGUCUCAUUUUAUAACUUUCUUAGUAUAAAAGAUGAUAAAGUUUUUAAAAUAAAAUAUCGUGAUGCAUUAGAUAAUUUGCCUAUAGAUGAGACUCAAAUCAGUCAAAUUAUUGCUGAAGCUAAUACUGCUUUUAAUUUAAAUAUGCAAAUAUUUCAAGAAUUAAAUUCAAAUUUAAUAAAAAUUAUGGUGAUGCUUUUAUUAAAUACAAUUGGCAGUUUUCAAAAAAAGCUUUCUUAA